AUGACAAAUUCAAAAAUGAUCGCACUGUGUCUGAUAUUUCCACUUAUCGUAGAGAGGGUUCAUAUGGUAGCUGGGAUUAAGUCCUCAUCCAUACGUCAGGAGAAUGAUCUCAUCUCUGCCAACGUUGGAGACACAGUGAUUCUGCGUUGCUUCUAUGAAGGCGACAUGGCAGUCAUUUUCUCCUGGUACAAGCAAACAUUAGGAGAAAAACUUCAGCUCUUCUCAACCUUCUAUAAGAAUGACAGUGAUGCUACGUUUCACCAGAAAUUUAAGGAUAAUCCUCGUUUCUCACUGCGAUGUGGCAAAGGAGUGAAUCACCUAAGGAUCUCCGACAUCGAACUCUCGGAUUCAGCAACAUACUACUGUGGGAGUGCUUAUAACAACAUCAUGGAAUUUGGAGAAGGAACCAUUGUCAUUGUAAAAGGUUCAUGGUCCAGAAACACAACUGUGCUCCAGCAAUCUAUUUCUGGGUCAGUCCAGCCAGGAGACUCUGUGACUCUGAACUGUACAAUACACACUGAGACCUYUGCAGGAGAACACYGUGUCUAUUGGUUCAGACAUGGCUCGGGAGAAUACCAURCAGGAAUCAUUUACACGCAUGGAGACAGGAGUGAUCAGUGUGAGAAGASCKCUGAGGCUGGGUCUCCUACACAGAGCUGUGUCUACAACCUCCCCAAGAGGAACCUCAGCCUCUCUGAUGCUGGGACUUACUACUGUGCUGUGGCRUCAUGUGGGGAGAUGCUGUUUGGAAAUGGGACCAAACUGGACAUCAAMMACAAUGGCGCAGAACCUAUUCUCUUGGUGUACUGCCUAAGCGCAGCAUUGGGUCUGUCGUUUAUKCUGAUCACUGUCCUUGGUUGCAUCAUGUACAAGAUGAACAAGAGAAAGUGUGUGCUGUGUAGAGGACCCGUCUCUCAGACAAGAGGUCCAGCAGUCUCUUCUUCAGAUGCAGGGGCCCAAGAUGCAGACAGUCUCCAUUAUGUAGCUCUGAAUCUGAGCAACAAGAAGAACAGGUCUAGAAGACAGAGAAGCAACAUGGAGGAAGAGACGGUGUACUCUGGGAUCAGAUAGUAAAACUGGAUAAUUGAAAAACCAUUKGAUUUUUAUUUUAUUAAACUCUCUUUAUUAAAAUUAUUACCAGUAUUACUGUGACUAACAAUUACUGUAGUAACUUUAAUUAAAGGGGAAGUUCACCCAUAACACUUCUGGGCACUUUAUAACACUUUCCUGGCCAUUUGUCAGUACCCCUGGCAAUUUUUAGAUGCCUUGCUUGAGUAUAUUUACCAAUGUAUUUGGUUAUGUUCGUAUUGAAAUCCAGGAAGUAGAUUAAUGUCUGCCACGAAUCGGGACCUAAGUUGAGACUUCUUAUCAGUAUUAUGAGUAUUGGAAGAGGGAAUUGCAUCACAAAGCAAAAUAUACUGGGGGUAUCAUCGGAU